AUACAUUUCUAUUCCUUUUACUUCGUAGAAAAUAUAUUCAACCAAGCGCUUUUCUUAUUCAUUAUAUGCAAACAAACAUCCCACAUCCAACAUUCAACAUCCACAUCUACAUCUACAUCCAACGAUCCAUCAUAUUUUGAAACGAUACAACACAUCACAGCUUCGUCACUAUUAUUGUUGAGCAAAAAAAGGAAAACAAAUAUCUCAUCUCCUCUCUCUUACGGGAAACCAAGCUUUUAUACCGCACAGAUACCCGCCAUCUGGUCGCGAAUCUUUCCAUAUGGGAAGCAACCAACGUCAGCUUUUUUAACCAUAGAAAAAACAACAAGGAACGGGGUCAUUAUUUCAUUAUUCAACCAACCUGUUUACUUUUCAAGAAUUUUAAAUUCUUCUCCUAGAACCUACAUACUAUUCAUAAGAAUGACAUCCUUUUCCUAAAAAUAUAUUCCUUUUUUUCUCGUCUCUUUUUCAGUUUGUUUUCCAAUAUGCGUUUGAACGUAUUGUGCAUGGCAGUUUGUCUGCUUCAAAAUUUCACUCCUAUCGUUGCAAAACCCCUCGGUACAAGCCAAUCGAGCCUGCAAGUGCCAUUGGAGGACCUGAAUCCUACACACCAUCAGAAAGUUGCCUCCAAACAUCUGCAUGGCAGAUUCCUGCACAUUACAGGUGGGGUUAAAUCCUUAUAUUGCCUUUUGUACGAUGCUCAUUUAUUACAGAUUUGCACCUAGAUCCUCAUUAUAAAGUAUUUACCUCCACCGACGAAGACGAUGCUUGUCAUCGAGGAAAAGGAACCGCCGGCACAUACGGCGCCGAAACUACCGACUGCGAUACUCCUCCUACCCUCAUAGAUGCGACUUUCAAAUGGAUCAAGGAAAAUGUGAGGGAUAGUGUAGACUUUGUUGUGUGGACAGGGGACAGGUUGGUUUUACCUUUGCGAAACAACCAAUCGACGCAGUGAUGGUAUGGCUUUGUGCGAGGAGAAAUGCUGAUUCAGAAUAGUGCACGACAUGAUAGCGAUGAAAAGAUUCCUCGAGUCCAAAGCGAAGUCCUCGACACAAAUAGAAAGGUCGCAGAUAAAUUCUUGGAGACUUUUGGAAAUGGCGACGAGCUAUCGAUUCCGGUUAUAUCAACAUUUGGCAACAAUGAUAUCCUUCCGCAUAACAUCUUGCUAUCGGGUCCGAAUAAAUGGUUGAAUACGUAUACAGAUAUCUGGGACAAACUCAUACCAGAAGAGCAGAGGCAUGGUUUUCAGCGAGGAGGAUGGUAUUAUGUCGAGGUGAUCCCUAAGAAAUUGGCCGUCUUCAGUCUCAAUACUUUAUACUUUUUCAGUCAUAAUGCCGCUGUAGAUGGUUGCGCAUUACGUUCGGAGCCCGGAUAUGAACAUAUGGAAUGGCUGCGAAUUCAACUACAAUUUAUGCGCGACCGUGGGAUGAAAGUUAUCCUUACUGGACAUGUACCGCCUGCUCGAACGGACAGCAAAUCGCUUUGGGACGAAAGUUGUUGGCAAAAAUAUACCUUGUGGCUUCAGCAGUAUCGGGAUAUUAUUAUCGCAGGUUUAUAUGGACACAUGAAUAUUGAUCAUUUCAUGAUACAUGACACUAAAGAUAUCGAUCUUUUAUUAUUUGAGGGUAAAUCCACUGCGCCCCCUCGCGCGCUAAUGGAUGAUGAGUUUACAACCCUAUCCGCUGGAGAUUACCUUCAAGAUCUUCGAGAGGAUUGGUCGGGGUUACCAAAUCCAAAACAUCUACCCAUCUCGAUGGAUAUUGACGAGGAACAAUCGGACGACUGGGAAUUGAACAAUGUCUCGGAUAAGAAGAAAAAUAAGAAGGGCAAGAAGGACAAGAAGAGGGACAAGAAAAAGAAAGAACUGAAGAAGUUUGGAGGUCCAUGGGGUGAAAGAUUUGCGGUAACACACGUUGGACCGAGUAUUGUACCUAAUUACUUCCCUACUCUUCGCGUGAUCGAAUACAAUAUCACAGGAUUGGAAGACUCGGCGACUUGGUCCGGUUCGACCAUGGGAAUUGAUGAGCAAAUUGAUUGGCUCGAUCAAGAAGAAGAACAAUUCAAGUUCGACGCCAACGAAGAUUCGACAGACUAUAAUCAUGUGGCCGAUGAUGGUUUGUCUGCCGAGGAAAGGAGGAAAAAGCACGGUAAAGACAAAAAGAAGUUCAAGAACCCGACACCAUCCAAUCCUGUAUUCAUCAUUCCGUCGCCUCCAUCAAAAGAUGCACCUCCUGGACCGGCAUAUUCUCCGCAAAGUUUAACGUUACUCGGGUACACUCAAUAUUUUGCCAAUUUGACGUACAUCAACAAUCUUGAAUUGUUAUCAGAAGGAUCCGAUGAUGGAAUCGAUACGGAGAAGUGGCGUAAUGGUAAGCAUGGCGGAAAGAUUCCAAAAGACAAUGAUCCGAAUCCACAUGCCUUUCAUUAUCAAGUCGAAUAUGAUACUUUCACCGAUCCAAUUUAUAAGUUGAAGGAUAUGACGGUUAAGAGUUAUCUCAAGCUUGCUCAUAGGAUUGGAAAGUAUAAACCGGCAAAAGGAGAUGGUGUCGAAGAUGGAGAGAUUCUUGAGAAACCUGAAGUUCAACAAGAUGAUGUGGAUAGGGAGGACGAUGAUAAGAACCAAAUCUCUAUAUCUAGGAACGAAAGCAUCGAAGAUACCGAAGAUUAUAACAUCGAUGCAGAGAAGAAAAAGGGGAAAAAACACAAGAAAAAGAAGCAUCAUCGCAAAGACAAGAAUAGAGUUUGGCUCAGCUUCGUUCGACGUGCUUUCAUCAGCACAUUAGAUGAGGAUGAUAUCAAGUCUUUUGAUGAUGAAGGACAUUUCCAAGAACCAAUAAUUCCUAUUCCUGAAAAAGAGGAUUUACAUAACUUGGAGUUGUAAUGCUUUCUUAUUAUGCACGGAUUGGAGUUCGCAUCGGAAUUGGGUGGAUGUUUGAUUACUUUUUAGCUUGUCUUGCACAUAUAUCAUGGCGAUGGAAAUGAAAGCAUGGAGUUGGAGUUGGAGUCGGAGUUUGCUAUGAAUUUGUACAGUCAGGAAAUAAGGUUGUGAUUAUGCAUUGUGCGGCGAUUGGUUAAGAAAAUUAUAUGAUAUGAUACCGUUAGUAUUAGUUUAUGAUUUUCGAUGAAUGAGAUGAGAGUAUGAAUUAUGUUAUGUUUAUUUCAUUUU